AUGGUGAUAUCCUGGUUGACUACCCCUCUAUCUCGUGAGAUUGCUGAGAGCGUUCAAUACUCUGAGUCUGUUGUAUGUAUUUGGGAGCAACUCGAAACCAUAUAUGAUACUGUUAAUGGGAACAAAAUAUUUGAUAUUAAGAAAGAAUUAGCUUCCACUUGUCAGGUAUCUCUGGAUAUUGCAUCCUAUUUUAACAAAUUGAAGAGGUUGUGGGAUGAGUUGGCCUUCAUGCGCAAGCAUUCUGUAAAUCCUUGUAACUGUCCCUUGCAAAGGGAAUUAGAGGAGGACAAGUUAUAUCAAUUCUUAAUGGGACUUAAUGAAAUAUAUGUUAGUGUUAGGAGCAACCUUCUUAUGAGACAACCACUUCCUUCUCUUGACAUUGCUUAUAACAUAUUGCUCCAAGAUGAGAGUCAGAGGCAUAUUAGUUCUACUCCUCAAUUUAAUUCAGACUCAGCCUCAUUCAAUGCAACUUUCACAAAGGGGAGAAGAGUUGCAGCAAAUGCUACUGCUGAGCCUGAGUUCACUGCUGUUGGGCAUAAUGCUGAUGGUUCUUCUCAUUCUGGUUCUUAUGGUUCUUCUGAACAGAGUUCCACGAUUCAUGUGUUGUCCAUGGAACAGUACAAUCAAUUGUUGACUCUGUUACAACAGUCUCAUGUGUCAGAUACUUCUCCUCAGUCUAAUCUCAUGGCUUCUGCCAAUUUUGCUGGUACAUUACUAUCUGGUGAUCUAUUGAAUGUUGCUAGUUCUAGUUCAUGA